AUGGCUAUUGCUGGUCUGCAAAAUGUUUCUGUUCUUGAUUCUUCUUUCCUUAGGGAGUCUCGAUCUCGAGCAUCGAGACAGCAAGAGAAUGAUGGAAGAUCAAGCACCAGGACAUCCCCACUUCUGCAGAUGUGGCGGGAGUUUGAGGAUGAGCAUGUGUCAUUGCUUAGAGGAAGAUUUUUGUGGAAUGACAGAAUCGGUGAAGCUGAGAGACCUGCAUCAUCUGCAGCCAGUGAAUUAGGAUUUUUGAGGGAAAGGCACACUGUAUCUGAUCUGAGAGAGGGAUUUAUUUCCAGACAGGACCCUUCAGUUUGCAGCCAAACAAGCAGCAGUUACUCUGAUACCUCAUCCAAUGCUGAUACUAAUGAUAACAGAAAUGAAAAAAACCAUACAAAUAGUUCGCAUGAAACUAAUGGUCUUAUUGACCAACCUGAACAGAAUAAUGGAGAAAGUAAUAAUCAUGGGUUAUUGGAUAAUGAAGCUGAUUUGGAACAUAACAUCAUUCAAUAUACCAGUUGGCAAGAAGCCACAGGCCCUGUAGAAGAGUGGCACAUACAGGUUCCUGAGAAUAGAGUCUGCAACAGCGAGUUGCAACAGUCAACCACCAUUCAGUUCUCAGAAAGGGUCGUAGCUGCAGAGGAUAGUUUGGGUGAACGCUCGAUAGAGAAUACUGAGAAUGAAUCAUUGCAAGAGACUUUAGAUAAUGGAGCUGCAGAUGUUACUCAUCUAGAGGAAGCAGAUGAAAUAUUACAUGAACAGACUCAGCAAACUAUUGAGGAAAGUUCUAUCCAAGAAUUAAUUGUCAUCUCAGAAAUGUUAGAAGGUGACCUGGUUGAAACCACAAAUCAGCUAGAGAGUGCUGUUUAUAAUGAAGAAAUUGACUUGCGAAGGACUGCCAUUGAAUCUGUAGAACAGGGAGAAGCUACUUCUGAAAAUAUGAAUCACAAUCUGGAAGAAAAUGCCAGUAAUUCGUGGUCCCAACAAUUGUUGGCUACUGAAUAUAGUCAACAGCAUCAACCGCAAGAAGCCCCUGAGUUGGAGAAUGAUGUUGAUGGUCUUCAAAAUUGGUUAGAAGAACGUUCUGAUCAAGAAGUUCCUCUUGGCAGGGCAGUUCCAUUUUAUCUACCUGACGAGGAUAAUGGUUACAGCACGGAACUCAGAGAACUCCUAACCAGGAGACGUGUGACUAGCCUUCUUCAUAGUGGUUUCCGAGAGAGUCUUAACCAUUUGAUUCAAUCAUAUGUGGAAAGGCAAAAUCAUGCUUCCCUAGACUGGGAGCUGCACGAGACAUCUUCUGGUGCCAGAGUGGACCAAGAUCUGGAGCAGCAGAGUGGUAACCAAAACGAAGGUGAAGGAGUUGAUGAAAAUCAUUUGCUUGGAGUACCAUCACCCUCAGUAAUUCCUGUGCCAUCCCUAUGGGACCAUGAGCAAAGACAUGAUCAGUGGCCACCACACGACAUGCAUCAACGGUUUGGUAUUGAGUGGGAGAUAAUUAAUGAUCUGAGGAUUGACAUGGCUAGGCUACAGCAGAGGAUGAAUAACAUGCAGAGAAUGCUGGAGGCCUGCAUGGAUAUGCAACUUGAGUUGCAACGAUCAAUAAAACAAGAGGUUUCUUCUGCUCUGAAUCGUUCUGCUGGUUCACAAGGGCUGUCUGAAGAUAGUUUUCCGAAGGAUGACUCUAGAUGGGACUGCAUUAGGAAGAGAAUUUGCUGCAUGUGUUGCGAGGCCAAUAUUGACUCUCUAAUAUAUAGAUGUGGACACAUGUGUGCAUGUUCAAAAUGUGCAAAUGAGUUGGUCCAAAGUAGAGGGAAGUGUCCAAUGUGUCGAGCACCAGCAGUUGAAGUCAUCCGAGCAUAUUCUAUCUUAUAAGUAUGAUGGAGUUUUAUUUUUAUUUUUUAUUUUUUUCUCUUCUCUCUUUAGAAAACAGAAGGAAGAGUUAACAACACAGAGAUUCUCAAACAGUUUGCUUCCCCCACCCCAGAACCUCUCUUUUUUUUUGUCGGAAAGUACCUUUUGGGAUGUUGAGAUUUUAAUGUAAUUCAUAUUUGACUGCUUGAUCGAAAUCACAAGCCUUCUUUGAUUAUAAUUUGGCAGUCUGCAUUGUAAUAUAUAAUAUCUUGUCUUAAUAAAAUGUUUGAGUUGUAAAA